UUUAUCUGUGUUACCUUGAGAAAGGUUGUUUUUCAGCAUCAUUUUACAUUUGCAAUCGUUUCAGUGACAUUGAACUAGAUAUAUCUAAAGGUGUAUGGAUAAUUAAACCAUGGAUUUUCUAUAUAGAGGGCUUUUCGUGGUGUUAUGUGUUUCACAUUCAUAUGCAUCCCUGCAGCCUGGUAACUGGAACACAUGUGAAAAUGGCGAGUUUGUAUCAACACGGACCAAUACCUCCUCACAGGUCAUGGCGUUACGUACAGAGAUGACACUAAAGAAAAUUGGCGCAUAUAUAGUGCCAUCUGAGGACUUCCAUAUGAGCGAGUUUGUGUCAGGAUAUGAUCAGAGAAGAGCUUUCAUAUCCGGGUUCGAUGGCUCAAUGGGUACAGCAGUGAUUACAGCGACGCAUGCCGCCUUAUGGACCAGGGGUAAAUACUUCCUCCAAGCUGAGACCCAACUAGGCUGUGAUUGGAUUCUUAUGCGAGAAAGGGAGCCUGGUGUUCCAACCAUCGAGGAAUGGCUGGGUGAACAGCUUAAAGAACAAACACUGAAGAAGGUCGGCGCGUGUCCGUAUUUCUUUGGAAACUCUGCCUGGCAACAGCAUAGUAUGGCACUUGAACAACAGGGACUAAGGAUUGAGCCUGUUUUACCUGACUUGGUCGACAAAAUUUGGACAGACGACAGACCAGAGUUCCCUGAUACAGUCAUAAAUCCGUAUCCGUUAAAAUAUGCUGGCAAAUCUUGGCAAGACAAAGUUGGCGAGGUCCGGCAAGAGAUGGAGAAAAGGGACGCAGAUGCCUUGAUUGUAACGAUGCUAGAUGAGACAGCGUGGUUAUUUAAUAUGAGGGCCACGGACAUUCGAGGAUUUGUUAAUGAUCCUUUCUUCUACUCUCUAGCAAUUGUUCGACCGAACUCUAUAAGUUUGUAUAUAAAGAACAAAGAUAUAAAGCUAACAGCCGCACCGAAAGAUCCUGAAAGUGACGUGAAUAUGAAAGAACAUCUAAACACUAGAGCUGAUGGCUCUUGUCCUAAAACAGCCAACAAACUUUGUGUCACUGUAAAAGAGUACAGUUAUGAUACAUUCAUUAUGGAACUCGAUGCCCUGGCAAGGAAUGCAUCUGUCAAACGCAUCUGGCUGUCAUAUUUCUGUAACUACGCUGUUUAUAACAUGAUUGAUGAGGAUAAGAUCUUCGUUGAUAAUACACCAGUGGCUAUGCUAAAAACGCAGAAAAAUGAUGUGGAAGUUCAGGGAAUGACUAAUUGCCAUAUUCGCGAUGCAGCGGCAUUGGCUAUAUUUGCAUCAAAACUAGAAAAGGGAGUAAAAGCUGGUGAGGAAUGGACUGAACUAUCUGCAUCAAAAGAAUUGACACGGUUGAGAUCAUUACAAGAUCUCAACCGAGGAGACAGCUUUGCUUCUAUAUCGUCGUCGGGUUCCAACGCAGCUAUCAUACAUUACUUCCCGAAUAACCAGACUGAUCGUCGUAUCACUGCUGAUGAAACGUAUCUCAUUGAUUCCGGCGGACAGUAUCUAGACGGAACGACUGAUGUAACGAGAACAUUUUUAUGGAGAGAACCAACAUCAUUUGAAAAAGAAUGUUAUACACGAGUGUUAAUGGGACAGAUCAAUCUUGCCAUGGCAAUUUGGACCAAGGGCCUGUUUGGUAGGGAAAUUGAUGCUUGGGCAAGGCAACCGUUAUUUGACAUUGGACUAACAUACAAGCACGGAACAGGACAUGGUAUUGGACACUACUUGAGUGUACAUGAAGGUCCUGGUCGAAUUUCAAAUUAUCAUGCUAAAUUUGAAUGGGACGUUCCUCUUGCCGAGCAUAUGUUCUACUCUGAUGAGCCAGGCUAUUAUGAAGAUGGGAAAUUUGGCAUCCGUUUAGAAAAUAUUGUGUACGUAAAGAAAGUGGAAACAAAGUAUUCCAUGAAGGGAGUGACGAUGUUAGGCAUGGAGACCGUUACGUUGUUUCCGUACGAAACUCAUCUCAUUGAUUACACUAUAAUGUCUGAGAAACAGAUUUCCUGGUUGAACGAUUAUAAUGCUAUGACAUUGGAGAAAGUUGGGAAAUUGUUGAAAGAGCAGGAUGCUAUGGAUGCUUAUAAAUGGAUUGAAAAGAGAACAAAGAAAGUUGUAAUCAGCGGCGCAGCUACAUUACUAGUUUCUAACUGUAUAUUGUACAGUUUAAUGCUGGUAGAUUUGUUGUGGUGAUAUAUAUACAUAUAGGCCUAAAUUAUUGUUUACAUUCUGUUUAUCCCUUCCAUAAAUAUGUUAACAUAUUUAAUAUGUAUCGUUUGAUUGUUGCUGUGGUGUGUCUUGUGUAAAACCUGAGGUCAGGUAAUUCAAUUUUUAUUGACAUCAGAUUUCUACGGUGGCACAAAGGUGACAUGUGUGUGGUUUUAUUUAUCUCGUGGCCACGAGAUACUAAGUCGUGGCCACGAGAUAGCUAAGUCGUGGCCACGAGUUAGUAACUCGUUGCCACGACAUAGUAUCUCGUGGCCACGACUUAGCUAUCUCGUGGCCACGACUUAGAAACUCGUGGCCACGACAUAGUAUCUCGUGGCCACGAGAUAAAUAAAAACACACACAUGUCACCUUUGUGCCACCGUAGAUUUCUUUUCGUAAAUGAUCGUUCUACUUUAUUGAAUAACCAGAUAAAAAGGUUAUGUGAUAGUAAUUACACGACACACUCUAAAAACAUUUUCGAUGUUUCCCCUUUUCUGUAUCAAUCGGCCAAUGUUUUUUUCGUAGAUACAAUUGUAAAUUUUUUUGGAAGAGUGAAGUGUUAUUUCGCCAGUAUAAUUUUAUGAAGAAGUUAUUUGGACACAAAUAAAUAACUUCGCUGUUGCAGAAUAUUUGUUGAAAAAUUAUCUGAUAUACUCGCUAUAAGUGUGAGUAGUUGCUUCUUACUAUAAACAAGACAUUCAAUGUAUAAUUUCAAUUCAAAAUUGAUAUUCGAUUUAGAAUCAUGAUAACAUUUGUAUCAUGAUUAUGUAAAGCAUUAAACGUUAAAUUUUGAA